AGUUUCGUCUGAGAAGAGAAGAGUAGAGAAAAGAGGAGCUCCAGCCCUUCCAGGAUUCGCCUUAACGGCGUCUCACAUUCUGUUUUUUUUUUAUUACACACCCGUCGCGGGGAAGGACGUAACAGUGGGCGAUUGUAUCAUUUUUUGCACUGUUUUUGUCUCUCACGAUGAGUGGACCGACGUACGACAGGAAGCUACCCGGUAUUUCUACUGAUCUCUCCGGCUCUAUGAGCUGCCACCCGGGCUCCAAGGACUCGCCCACACUACCCGAGUCCUCGGCCACGGACAUGGGCUACUACACGACACACCAGGGCCAUCACGAUUACUACCCUGCUCAGGCGUAUGCACAAGGGCCGCACAACGCCUCUUACCACCAGUUUAAUAUGUGCGCCAUGAGCGGCGCGUCUCCCUACGGCGCCAAGGCUGAGUACACUUACGCCAACGCGUACCGCCACCAGUAUGGCCAGUACAGCAGAGACGGACACACACCGCCACAAAACGCAGUGAAAGAGGAGCCAGAGACUGAAGUUCGGAUGGUGAACGGAAAACCAAAGAAAGUGCGCAAGCCCCGUACCAUCUACUCCAGCUACCAGCUCGCGGCGCUGCAGCGGCGAUUCCAAAAGGCGCAGUACCUCGCGCUCCCGGAGAGAGCCGAACUCGCUGCACAGCUCGGCUUAACGCAGACCCAGGUGAAAAUAUGGUUCCAGAACCGGAGGUCCAAGUUCAAGAAGCUCUACAAGAACGGCGAGAUCCCGCUGGAGCACAGUCCCAACGCCAGCGACUCCAUGUCGUGUAACUCGCCGCCGUCGCCCGCGCUCUGGGGGGACACCGGCGCGCACGCGAACCCGGUUACCCGCAGUCAUGUGACACCAGUGGCCCUCAGCUCGUCGACGCCACCCUACCCGGAAGAUUACAGCGGCGCGUGGUAUCAGCAGCACGCCGGCCCCCCGCAAAGCGUCUACUGACCACAGACUGUCACUCCAAGAGUUUAAUAUAAACAUGAAAAAAGGGACAGGACUUUAUUUUUGUAAUCUUUAUGUGUACGAGCGCCUAGGCUGUUCGUCCGAAGAUAAGCUGAAAGAAUAAAACGAAAACGAAACAAAACAAAACAAAAAUCAAAAAACGUGCUGAAAACGAUCGUUUUUUUUUCGUUGAAAAAAAGUGACUGAUUAAAAAGCUAAAUCAGCCUGAGAAGAAAAGAGAAGAGAUGAGAGGAGAAGAGAAGACUGUGUUGCAGCCCUAAAUUUAUAUGAUGUGGUUUUAAAUUAUUUUACUUACUCAACCCCUUAUUCAUAAUGAUGUUUACGGAUAGAAAUGUUCAAAUAGACUGUUUUUGUUUGUUUACAUGAGAAAAGAUACAAUCGUCCCAAGAUUUGUGCAGUUGCCCGACACACCCGAUACAAUGAUACCGCUUCAGAGACUCAGGACGUAACUUAUAUCAAUUUGUACAAACUGUAGUUUUGUAUAUAGGCUAUAUAUAUGUGUGUUUGUGUGUGUGUGUGCGUGUGUGUGUGUGUGCGCGCGCGAGUGUGUGUGGGAGUGUGUUAAAAUAAAACAGAACCACUAAAUAAUAUUGUUUAUAAACCCCAGUUUUAUAGAGGAUUCUCGUGCUUUUAUUGUAAUGUUGUUACAGGAUGAAUAAAUGCAAAUCUGAACUCA